GAAGGAAGGAAGGGAGGGAGGGAGCAGCAGGGAAGUGAUUAGUGCCAGGACAGGCACACUGGAGAGUCCUAAAGUUACUCGAAACAGGAUACGAAGUCCUGAAGGACUGCUAAAUUCCAGGACGUUUUUUGGUGCUGUUAGUGUGAAUUAACCUUGUAGGAGGUGAAAGGGUGCUGCAACACGUCGUGUUUCGGCUGACUGUGCACUUGUUUUUCACACUCGCUACAUUUCGGCUGCACGAGACUGAGGCGGCUGCGGAGUUAAAGCAGAAGUUUGCGCGUGCCCGCGGGCUUUAGCUCUGCAGGAAUGUCGCAGAAAGAAAGAGCCACGUUUUACCGACAGGAGGUGAAUAAGACGGUUUGGGAGGUCCCGGUGCGCUAUCAGAACCUCUCUCCAGUCGGCUCUGGUGCAUACGGAUCUGUCUGCUCAGCGGUUGAUGAGAAGACAGGUUUGAAGAUUGCUGUGAAAAAACUCUCAAGGCCAUUCCAGUCCAUUAUCCAUGCCAAAAGAACCUACAGAGAAUUGCGGCUUCUCAAGCACAUGAAACAUGAGAACGUAAUAGGCCUGCUGGAUGUUUUCACACCUUCCACCAGUCUGGAGGAGUUCAACGACGUGUACCUGGUGACUCACCUGAUGGGUGCAGACCUAAAUAAUAUAGUGAAAUGUCAGAAGCUGACUGAUGACCAUGUGCAGUUCCUUAUCUACCAGAUCCUUCGAGGGCUUAAGUACAUCCAUUCAGCAGACAUCAUUCACAGAGACCUGAAGCCCAGUAAUUUGGCUGUGAAUGAAGAUUGUGAGCUUAAGAUCCUUGAUUUUGGCCUGGCACGGCAUACGGAUGAUGAAAUGACAGGAUAUGUGGCCACCAGGUGGUACCGUGCUCCUGAAAUCAUGCUUAACUGGAUGCACUACAACAUGACAGUGGAUAUUUGGUCUGUUGGCUGCAUUAUGGCUGAGCUGCUGACAGGGAGAACGCUGUUCCCUGGCACCGACCAUAUAAACCAGCUACAGCAGAUAAUGCGGCUGACAGGAACUCCCCCUGCCUCUCUAAUAAGCAGGAUGCCUAGCCAUGAGGCCAGGAAUUACAUUCAUUCUCUGCCACAAAUGCCUAAAAGGAAUUUUGCUGAUGUAUUUAUUGGGGCCAAUCCACAGGCUGUGGACCUCCUCGAGAAGAUGCUGGUUUUGGAUACGGACAAGAGGAUAACUGCAGCUGAUGCUCUGGCUCAUCCAUACUUUGCCCAGUAUCAUGACCCAGAUGAUGAACCAGAAGCAGAGCCUUAUGACCAGAGCUUUGAGAGUCGGGAACUAGAGAUUGAGGAGUGGAAACGUUUGACAUAUGAGGAAGUCAUCAGUUUCGAGCCACCUGCCUUUGAUGUGGAUGAAAUGGAAUCGUGAGAAUCAUACAGGACGGGAACUUCAGCAGUCUUUCAACUUUGUUUGUUAGCACUGUAAUGUUUUGCAGUUCUCCAACCAGACCGACAGUAUGAUUUUUUUUUUUUAAGUGCCUGCCACUUUAUUUUCUUUGUUCUAGUCUUUUAAAAAAUGUUUUGUAUAUUUAAAAAAAUGGCAUCUACUGAAAUAGGGAGCAAAACACAUUACGGCAGAAAAAGGGAUAGAUUUCAUGAGCGUUAUACAUAAGUGGGGUCUCCAGUAGAAUUGAGUAGCAUUUGAGCUAACCCCCUGCCAUGUUUCCGUUCAUUUGUCAGGCAAAUGAACAGACAUGUUAACAUUUUCAAGCUCACACACACUUGCAUAAAAACAUCUGACCUGGCAACAAAGCUUUAUGCUCAUUACGUUAUGUCCCAACCCGGCAACUUUACAAUUCAGGGGAUUGAGCAUUACAAAAACUAUUAACACUGGAAAUGUCAUGGUUCUUAUUUGUAAAUCUGAAUUUCAUCCAAAGGCAACACAACUUUAUCAGUGAUAUGACCAAAAAAAUUUUUUUUCAAUAAAAUAGUGUUUCUAUUGCUAUUUAUAGUGUUAUAAUCUACAUAGAAAAAAAAUACUCCUGCCACCAAUGUCUUAUCUGACAUUUCCUCAAUAACAUUUUCUGAGAAUUAAACUAGCUGGCUAGACCCCUGACUGAUAGGUUUUAAAUAAGGUUUCAUUUUUAGAUAUAAAAUAUUUCCAUUUUAUUCUCUGGUAGUAGAAUUAUAUUUUAGAACAAGGUACUGAGAUCUGUGACACAUGUAACUAAACUCAUGUUUUGUUGAACAGUAUGUGCAUUAACUUACAGUUAGAAACUUUGCUAGAGACAUUUGGCAAUCCUGGGGAGUCCCCUGUAUAAUUCCCUGAAAUAUUUGUUGAAAAAAUAUUUUGAUGUGUGCCAUUUAGUUUAACUUUGAGAAACUAGAGUGACUCUGCCAUUAUUUGGAAGACUAUUGGCACCAGUGACAAGGUUAUUCUUGUAAUCUUUUUCAUCAUCUGUAUAUUUUAUGGUGUGUUCACCAUUCUGAGCUGUCAGUGAGAGAGAAGUGGAGAGAUUGUGACUGCAUGAUGUGAAUGGGGUUUUUCCUCUUUUGUUUUUGAGCUGUCAUUUGAGAAGUUAUGAAAUGAAUGUCAAUAUUGUACCAGUGUGAGAUAUUUAUAUACUGCAGAGGUAAUAUUUACUGGAGUGGCUGCUUCUGUCUGCUUUUUUCCCUAUAUUAGACUGUAGAGAUUAUAAUCAAAUAAGCAAAGUUUAUUAAAGAAAAUAAAGGCAGAUAUUUUUCAGA